ACCAGGUAAAGAGGGCGCUCGGGCCGCCGGCUUCUCAGCCUCCGCGACCCUCUAAGAACUGCUCUUUUCUUCGGGGGUCUGCAGGGCUGAGGAUGCGGGGGAAGGGUGGGAAGGACAAGGGCGUGGUAUCAUCGUCCUGAUUUUUCUCCCGCCCUGGGGCCGCCUCAAACUCCUUUUUGGCCACUCCUGCUGAAGGUGCGGGUUGAGGGUUCUGGGCUCCUCGGUAGUACGCGUUUCCCAGUUUCCCCCUAGCCAGUCCCUCAUGUCUUCCUCUGCUGAUGGAGAAAUGGGGCAGCUUCCAGUUGGAGGCGUUGGUUGGGGUGGUUUGAUAUUUGCUGUUAAGUGUUACUUCAAGACCUCUUGGUCACACUAACUUCUCUUCUCUCUUUGGCAUUGAGUUUUCCAUUCCAGCCCUUCCUGAUUGCAGAAAGCAGUUCUAUGUGAAUACUACUUAACAUUUACUCCAAAGGACUUGCUUCAUUUGGGGCCAUUUGCUUAUAUUUUGUCAUCACAGCAGUAUCUCUUGGGUUUUUAACUUCUAUAGAAAGUUUAAUUUGCAUGAAAGUUGCUUUGGUUUCAAAAACGUUUGCUAAUACACGUGCUUCCCAUCCCAACUUUCUACCUGGUUUUGGGAUGAGAUGACUUGUUUUUUUCCCCUUUAUUCUUAAUGCCAGGAUCCCAUUCCUUGUCAUAAAUUCUUGAAUAUCAAGAAAAUACCAGCUUUAGUAAUAUAUUGUGUGCUACAUUAUUGAUAAAGAAGGUGGUGUGUUUCUAUUUUAUCUAAGCUUAUCUGUAAAAACAAUGUUUACAGGAGAAAAUGCAAAAGCUAGCAAGAACUAGUGAUGUGAUAAUUUUAAACAUGUAAACAUGGUCAUUUAAAUCCAUGAUAAUAAACUGUUAUAACACAACUAAGUGAUUCGCUGUCAUAUUUAAUAAACAUUAAGCUAUGCGGGUGUUUUUUUUUCUUUUUUUUAACUGCCUGAUGGGGAGCAUACACCACUGAGAGGAUUGCUUUAAGCAUACUCAUUACUAAAAAUUGUGUUUGUAUUACACCUGAAAGUAUCGUUUUGUGAGGUCUCACUUCAAAAAUAAGACUGAAAAGGUCAAUGAGAUUUGAGAAUCAUCAUUUAUUUUUAUUUUAUAUAUUUUGCACUUCUACGUGUUUUUGCUUUAAUUUAAACACAGCUCAAACUUGAGCUUCCGUAGUAGUGGGCCCAUCAAUUUUUUUUUUUUUUUUUUUGAGCCAGAGUCCUGCUCAGUCGCCUGGGGAUGGAUUGCAAUGGCAACAUCCGCCUCCCGGGCUCAAGCAAUUCUCCUGCCUCAGCCUCCCGAGUAGUUGGGAUUACAGGCGCCCACAAUCACACUCGGCUCCUUUUUUUUUUUUUUUUUCAGUCGAGGAGGGGUUUCACCAUGUUGGCCAGGCUGGUCUCAAACUCCUGACCUCAAAUGAUCCGCCCGCCUCGGCUUCCCAAAGUGGUGGGAUUACAAGCGUGAGCCACCGCGCCCGGCCUGUUUUUGUUUUUUUAAACUUGUUUUACUUGUAGCUUUUGUAUCAUCAUCUGUGAUUUUUAAAUAAAAAUAAAUACUGAGUAUCCAAUUAGCUUUUCUAACAAAGAAUAAAUACUGAGUAUCCAAUUAGCCUUUCUAAUAGCAACAAUUUAGCAGGCCUCAAAAUUAACAAAUUCUGGAGCCAGCUAAUACAUCUGUAGUAUACACAGUUCCCUAGUAUGUGGGUUUUUUUUUUUAAAUUCUAAGGUAUUUAAUGUAGCUUAUGGAAUUCUGUUAUGCAGAAUAUUGGAAUACUUGGAAUGCAGAUAUUUAAACCAUUUAGAUUAAAACAAGCACAGGUAUUGUUUGCUGUGAAAAUUCAGUAAUUUUAUUUCAUAGUUGGUAACAUGUUAGCCAUUUGCGCUGUCGAUCACUGUUAAUUAUGAGGUCGGGUUUAGCUGAAGGCAUUAUGACUCCAUGGCAACAGAUGAUUCCCUGAUUCUCCAGAGAGAAGAUUACACACUUCGUUUGUGGCUAAGGUUACGGUGACCCAAUGAAAGAAGAAAAUGAAAGCCAUAAAGAAAAGUCUUACAGAAGAAGAAUACCUGUACCUGGACUUUUCUCACCAAACAAAAGGAUGUAUCUUUCCUCUUCAUACAUCUGUAACUUUAUUUCUGUUAUCUUACUGUGACUGUAAAAUCUUUAAAAUUUGCUUAGUUGUCACCAAAGAAGUGAGUAGAGAUAGUUCACUACUAAGAGAUGACCUGAUCCAGGAUGUUGAAAUACAGAUUAUUUCAAGGCAGGAGCUCCCACCAAUAGUCCAAAAUUGCUGUUUGCCUGCAGUAGUAGAACGAUCAGACAAUUUUUGUAGAGCAGGACUUGCUGUUGUAUUGAGACACAUAAUCCAGAAAUCCUAUGAAGCAGACCCCUUAAAGAAGGAACUUUUGGAACUUCUGGGCUUUAAAAAGACUUGCUUGAAAGCCUGUGCUGAAGUUAGUCAGUGGACCAGGCUAUGUGAACUCACCAUCCCUUUGGCUAUUGAGAAUUUUCUCAGAGAAUCUUCUGACCAGCCCCCAACUAUACCUGUAGAAAUACUACAGCUAGAGAAAAAGCUUAGUGAGCCUGUUAGAGUGCAUAAUGAUGAUAAACUCCGCAGGCAGAAGCUCAAGCAACAGAAGGCUGAUGGAGUUGGGCCUCCCCUUACUAAGGGAAAGGCAAAGAGCAAGGUCCACACACAGGAAACAUCUGAAGGGUUGGAUUCUUCAUCCGAGAGUUUGGAACUGAAAGUGGCAUUCUCAAAGCUCACAGUACAGGAAGAACCAGCUACUACCAACAGAGAGCCUUCUCAUAUCAGAAAAGCAAAAGCCUCCGACCUUCCACCUCUGGAGCAUGUGUUUGCAGAAGGGCUUUACUUCACUCUGGCAGAUAUUGUGCUCUUGCCCUGUAUCCAUCAUUUCUUGGUAAUUAUCAGCAGGAAAUUUUCUGAGAAGCUGGUAGAAUUUCCAUUGCUAGCCUCUUGGUACCAGAGGAUUCAGGAAGUGCCAGGAGUAAAAACAGCAGCUUCUAAGUGUGGGAUCCAAUUUCUCCAUUUACCAAAAUUGUUGACAACCUCAACUGAACAGCAUCCAAACUUAUGUGAAGUCCCAGGUGUAGAAGAGCAAAGCGAUCCUUUAUUUAUAGGAGGACCAAGACCAACCAUGGCCAAGUUAAUGGAAGAGGGCAUUGAAGUGAUGUUUUCUCCCCACCCUUGCCCUACUUGGACUCUUGAUUGGAAUGUUCUCCCUGCAGCAGUCAGCCCAAAGGAAGGUAAAAUGUCCAGUGAUCGAGCUUUGAGGAAGCAGCAACAGUUGAACAACCUUGUCUAUGUGGUAACAAAUCAGGCCAAACCUGGUGACAGAAUUGUGGAUUUCUGCAGCGGUGGGGGCCAUGUUGGAAUUGUCCUUGCUCACAUGCUGCCAUCAUGUCAGGUUACAUUAAUAGAAAACAAGGAAUUAUCAUUAAUUCGUGCUAAGAAGAGAAGUGAUGAACUGGGUUUAAGCAACAUUUGGUUCAUUCAAGCAAAUAUGGAAUAUUUUACUGGGAUGUUUAAUAUUGGAGUAGCAUUGCAUGCUUGUGGAGUGGCAACAGACAUGGUGAUUGAGCACUGUAUCAAAACACGGGCUUCCUUCGUCACAUGCCCUUGCUGUUAUGGUUUCAUUCAGAACACCUCCAAGUUCAAUUUUCCAAAAAGUGAACAAUUCAAGAAAACUUUAUCAUACAAGGAACACAUGAUUCUGUGCAGAUUUGCAGACCAGACAGCUGUCCAGCUCCCACCCCAACGAAGGCUCAUAGGAAAACAGUGCAUGUGCUUGGUGGAUCUGGAUCGAGCAAGAGCUGCAGAAGAAUGUGGAUACUCCGUUCAAGUGAUAUCCAUGGAGCCAGAGAGCUGCUCUCCCAAAAAUAACAUGAUUGUGGGAGUCCCCAUUUAAAAUGAGAUAUUCACAUUUGAUAUUUUGCCAUCCGUCUUCACAUUGGAUGCCCAGUGGCAUUCCGGAGGUUCUUGGCAUAACUAGGAAACAGCAUUAGCCAUCUUGAACCUAUUGUGCUCAGGAAGGAAAGCAACAGGGAAAUCUUGGAAGUAAAGGCUCCCUGCAAAGCAUCACAAAUGCUCUUACAAUGUGUGAUUAAAGGACUGCUGGUUUUUAUAGUGAGAAUCCCCUGAAGUCUCAGCUGCCAAAAGAAUAAUACUAGUGGAGGUUCCAUCACAGGAAUAACAAUUUCCUUCUCACUUCACAAGCUCCUCUGAUCUUGCCAAUGUGAUGUUUAAUUCAAAACAGCGCACUUACAGCCUUUAUUUUAUACUUAUUUAGAUAUUCACAUGGGGACUGAAAGUAGACUUAGUGGAGUUUUUUGUUUUUUGUAUUUUUAACAAUUGUACUUCUUCUAUCACUUUAAAAAAAUCUAGUCAGGUAAUUAUAGUAUAGUUAUUUUUAAGCUGGGGUUAGUUGAACUUGUAUAGCAUUUAAUAUACUCCUUUUAAAUAUAUUUCUGCCAGGCAUGGUGGCUCAUGCCUAUAAUCCCAGCACUUUGAGAGGCCAAGGUGGGAGGAUCAUUUGAGCCCAGGAUAUCGAGACCAGCCUGCGCUACAAAAAAAUCCAAAAAAUGAGGUGGGAGGAUCACUUGAGCCCAGGAAGUCAAGGCUGCAGUGAGCCUUGAUAGCGCCACUGCACUCCUGCCUGGGUGACAAAGCGAGACCCAGACUCAAAAUAAAUCAAUGAAUGAAUUAAUAAAUAAAUAAAUAAAUAAAUUUCCCAUAAAUUACCAAAUGAGAUUGUCACUGGUUCAAAUUAUUAAAUAAUUGCCAUAAAUUUCCUAUUAUGGGAAUGUGGAAUUUGGACAUACAUUUUAACAAUAAGUACAUUGAUUAAUACAUUUAAGUUUAUAAGUAAUUAUUGAGGAUCCAGUAUUUUCAAGACCUUGGCCUAGUUUCUUUUCAAUUCAAAGAUGAGUUGCAAAAGACAUAAUGUUUUGCCUAUGGAAGUAAAUCAUCUAGAAGAAAAAGAUUAAAGAAUUAGUUAAGCUUUUUUUUUUUUUUUUUUUUUUUUUUGAGACAGAGUUUUGCUCUUGUUGCCCAGGCUGGAAUUCAGUGGCUCGAUCUUGGCUCACCACAACCUCUGCAUUCUCCUGCCUCAGCCUCCCGAGUAGCUAGGAUUAUAGGCACCUGCCACCAUGCCCGGCUAAUUUUGUUUGUAAUUUUAGUAGAGAUGGGGUUUCUCCAUGUUGGCCAGGCUGGUUUCGAACUCCUGACCUCAGGUGAUCUACCCACCUCAGCCUCCCAAACUGCUGAGAUUACAGGCGUGAGCCGCCUCACCUGGCCAUGUUCUUUAUGGAAUACUACAAUGUGUUGUCACAGGAUUUGUUAUUCAGAUGUCAAUCAUUUUUAUUGAUAUAUUUCUGGGUAAAACUUAUUAAUGGUGUGAGGAGUGCAGAAUAUGGAAGCUUACCUAAAUUCUUUUUCUGCCAGCCAACAUUUUAAAAGACAAAUGAUGCAUCCUUUCUCAAUGCUGCUAAUUCUUUAAAUUUUACAUGUCCCAAUUUAUUCCAUUUGAGAUUUAUUUUAAUGUUUUCAACCCCUGUGUAACAUGUAUCAUGAGGAGAAAGCACUAUCAUUGAUCAUCACUAUGGAUUAAAAUAUAGGAAUAUUUUACAGGGCAGUAUGGGUGGGGGUGGGAGACAUAUUGGAAUCGUGUUUUCUGGGAUAAAAUUUUUAAAAAGAAUUAAUCAUUAGCCCUGAGUAUUUUAGUCAUUUGUGCCUAUAGAAAACAACAUGCUCUUUUAUUGUGGACUUUCUUCUUUUAAUUGAGGUUUAAUUUAUAUACAAUACAAUAACAGAUUUUUAAGUAUUCAUUUGAGAUGUUUUGACAACUGUAUAUACACAUGUAACCAUCACUGGAAUCAGAUAUAGAAUAUUCCCCUUAAAUAUUGUCAGGUAAACACAUUGAGAAUAUUUUUUCCAGUCUGUGGCUUACCUACUUAUUUUCAUAAUGAAUGUUUUAAUUGUGAUGAAGAUUUAACUUACCCUUUUACUUUAAUGAUUAAUAUUUUCUGUGUUCUUUCUAAUAAAUUUUACCAACUCUGAGGUUA